AAUAGUAACUUACAUUCAAUGGAUGCUGAGCAGUUGGUAAUAGCGAUAAAAGAUUCUGAGCAGCAGAUUGAGAAGAAUGUUGAGCAAUUAAAGAGGCUGGAGAGUCAGUUAAAUGAUCUGCUAAGCUGCAACGAUAAAGACGAUGCUGCAGCAUUGGUAAUUCCGGCAUGCGAAACAGAAGCAGAAAACACGAGAGAAUGGGAACGCCUAGCGAAAGAGCAGGAGCAAACACUCAUAGCCAGUAAAUAUAGUUUAAACAAAUGUGAAGAACAUUUGAGAUAUCUGCCCAGCCAGUGUGCGAGUUAUGUUGGCAUCCACGAGAACACACAAUUGAUAAGAGUUGGAGACAUGGAACCCAAAUUGGUUGCUUGCAUGAAUGUUGAUAAUGAGCUUUAUAUGAUUGUGCAGCGGCGCUCGGAUGGUAGUGUCAAUUUCAAUCGUAGCUGGACGGAGUACAGAGAGGGCUUUGGCGAUCUCAAUGGCGAGUUCUUUAUUGGCCUCAAUAUGUUGCAUCAACUGACAAUGCGACGGCAGCAUAAGCUCUUAAUUCUACUCACAGAUGAAAACAAUUGGAGUCUUAAAGCCAGAUACAAUAAUUUUGUCGUAGGCGGCGAAAGCAAGGGAUAUGAGUUAAAGGAGUUGGGCACAUUUGAUGGCAAUGUCGGGGAUGCCCUAAGCUACAACAAGGGAAUGAAGUUUUCAACCUAUGACAACGACAAUGACAAAAUCCGAAAGAACUGCGGCAGCACUUACAAUGGCUGGUGGCACAAUCAAUGCACCUACUGCAAUUUAAAUGGCAAUUACCCUGAACACAUAUUUUGGCUGUACCGAAAUUAUCGAUACGCUCUAAAGACAGUUGUUAUGCUGAUAAGACCAGUAAAAUGAAAAUAUCUUCGUUAAUAUAUUUCGUUUAAAA